AUGGCUGCUGCACACCCCUACACCGUCUAUCGCGGUACAUUCGUUCACCUGCCGCUGCUGAACGACACUUCGGCCAAGGCGGAGAUCGUUCGAAACCAAGGUGUCCUGGGCUACGAUUGGCAGGUCAACGACGAUGCCAGCUUCCAAUCGUUCCUGUCUAGUCAGGGCUGGACUACUUCCGACGUCACGGUGGUGGAGUCCAAUGAUGACCGGAACGAAUUCUUCUUCCCGGGCUUCAUUGAUACCCACAUUCAUGCACCGCAGUACCCCAAUGAAGGACUGUUUGGAUCAUCUGGCCUGCUGGACUGGCUGAAUGAGUACACCUUCCCUGUCGAGGCAAGCUUCGGCUCCAAGUCCGAUCCGGAAAACAAGGACAGCGACCCCAAGGACACGCCCCCGGAGGGCGUUCGUGUCUACAAUGAGGUUGUGCAGAAGACCCUUGCCCAUGGCACUACUUGCGCAUCUUACUUCGCCACUAUUCACGUUCCGGCCACCAAUGCUCUUGCAGCUCUCUGCCACAAGCACGGCCAGCGUGCCUUUAUCGGCCGUGUCUGCAUGGACAACAAGGAGCAGUGCCCAUCUUACUACGUUGACCAGGAUGCUGAGCAGGGUUUCAAUGCGACCAUCCGAACUAUCGAUUAUAUCCACACCCUUGACCCCAACGGAACUCUGAUCAACCCAAUUGUCACUCCCCGAUUUGCCCCCAGCUGCAGCAACGAGUCUCUCGAUGGCCUCGGCAAACUUGCCGCUUCCUAUGAGCCUCCUCUUUGGAUCCAGACCCACAUCGCUGAGACUACCGAUGAGGUUGACCUCGUCCAGCAGCUGUUCCCCGAGUCGACCAGCUACGCCGAUGUCUACGACAAGGCCAACUUGCUCACUAACCGUACCAUCCUCGCCCACGGUGUCCACCUGACCAAGGACGAGAUGAGUCUCAUCCGUGAGCGCGGCUCCAAGGUUGCUCACUGCCCUGCCUCCAACUCCGGUCUAGGCUCGGGUCUCGCUCCUAUCCGCUACAUGCUCGACCAGGGUGUCACUGUCGGCCUGGGCACAGAUGUUGCUGGUGGCUACAGCCCCAGCAUUCUCGAGGUUGCCCGUCAGGCCAGUCUGGUCUCCCGGCUGAUCCAGUUCAGCGCCGAGUACCAGCAACUCACCGGCAACACUACCUUUGACGGAAGCGAGAAGCUUCUGUAUCAGGAUGUUCUCUAUCUGGCUACUCGCGGCGGCGCCGCUGUCGUCGACAUGGCCGAAGACAUCGGUGGCUUUGACAAGGGCAUGAUCUGGGAUGCGCAGCUGAUCGAGCUGGGUGCCGUGCAGAACAGCACCACCGGCCAGCUUGAUGUUGCUACUCUUGCUGGUCGUGCUGUUGAGACUGGACCUGUCGGUAAUGUCGAUCUAUUUGGCAAUGAGACCUGGCAGGAGCAGAUCCAGAAGUGGAUGUGGAAUGGUGAUGAUCGCAACGUGAAGAGUGUCUGGGUCCAGGGCAAGCUAGUUCACACCCGUGACGAGUAG